UCACAUGUGCCUGAACGAGGCCAGCAUUGCCUCGAAACGGAUUUCGAGACAGACAGUCUUAUCGCGUGUGUCAAUAGGACUUUGAGUUAUUCCUCUCGAUUAUAUCUUUUUUUCCACGAUUUUCCACACACUUUGAGCAUCGAAUAAAAGAAGACGAAUAGGACUGAAGAAGGUGAAAAUGUAUAAAGCAAGGACAGUAUUCAGUACGCUGGCCCCUUUGGCGCCGCGGAUAUGCGGCCCCGAAAGAUACGCAUCCUGGGUGGUCCGUAGUCAUCCAUUGACUAGGACCAGCCAGUUGAUUUUCACGGAGCCCGCGCGCAAAUACAACAGCCGAGUAGCAACCGAGCCUUUCUUGAACGGCAGCACCAGCUCUUACGUGGAAGAGAUGUACAACGCGUGGCUGCAAGAUCCGAACAGUGUGCACGUGUCAUGGGAUUCCUUCUUUCGAAACAGCACCGCUGGAGCUGCCCCAGGAUUCGCAUAUCAGGCACCACCAUCCCUCGCUCCAAGUUACAACCAAGUACCACUCGGAGCGUUGUUGCCCCUGGGUGGCGGAACGCAACUCGGUCAGGCGCCUGUUAAUGAAAAAAUUAUUGACGACCAUCUAGCGGUGCAAGCUAUCAUUCGUUCUUAUCAGAUUCGUGGCCAUCAUAUCGCUAAAUUGGAUCCACUCGGCAUCAACAGCGCUGAUCUUGAUGAUAGACAUCCGCAAGAAUUGCUCUAUACCCAUUAUUCAUUCGGGAAGAGACCACGCACUACUUUCUCGCAGCAACUUCAAUACCGAGUAGCUGUCCUAAUGCAAAAGGAGUCGGACAUGGAUCGUGUUUUCAAAUUGCCAUCCACCACAUUUAUCGGCGGUAAGGAGAAAUCAUUACCGUUGCGUGAGAUCCUGAAACGGCUCGAGGCGGCUUACUGCGGUCACAUCGGUGUCGAAUUCAUGUUCAUUAACUCUUUGGAGCAAUGCAAUUGGAUCAGGCAAAAGAUGGAAACACCCGGAAUCAUGGAAAUGACGAAUGACGAGAAGAGACUUAUUUUAGCCAGAUUGACACGUGCAACCGGAUUCGAAGCAUUCUUGGCACGCAAAUGGUCCUCAGAGAAGAGAUUCGGUUUGGAGGGUUGCGAAAUUUUAAUUCCAGCUAUGAAGCAAGUGAUUGAUAAGUCCACGGAAUUGGGAGUCGAGUCGAUUGUCAUGGGUAUGCCUCACCGUGGUCGUCUCAAUGUUCUCGCUAAUGUCUGUCGUAAGCCACUGAGUCAAAUUUUCACACAAUUUGCUGCUCUCGAAGCCGCUGAUGAUGGUUCUGGCGAUGUGAAAUACCAUUUGGGCACUUACAUAGAACGUCUUAAUCGAGUGACGAAUAAGAAUAUUCGUCUGGCCGUGGUUGCAAAUCCAUCGCACUUGGAGGCCGUAGAUCCGGUGGUUCAAGGCAAAACACGCGCCGAGCAAUUCUACCGUGGCGAUGGCGAAGGCAAAAAAGUCAUGUCCAUUCUUCUUCACGGAGAUGCUGCGUUCUGCGGUCAAGGUAUUGUCUUCGAAACAAUGCAUUUAUCUGACCUGCCUGAUUACACCACCCACGGCACUAUUCAUAUUGUUGUGAAUAAUCAGAUCGGUUUUACCACCGAUCCGAGGCAUUCACGAUCGUCGCCGUAUUGCACUGAUGUGGCUCGAGUAGUGAACGCACCCAUCUUCCAUGUGAAUUCCGAUGAUCCCGAAGCCGUGAUGCACGUGUGUAAAGUUGCGGCGGAAUGGAGGGCUACCUUCCACAAGGAUGUUGUGAUCGAUUUGGUCUCCUACAGACGCAAUGGCCACAAUGAGAUUGACGAACCGAUGUUCACUCAGCCUCUGAUGUAUCGUAAGAUCAAGAACACUUUGUCAGCCCUUGACAAGUAUGCCAACUCGCUCAUCGACAAUAAUGUCGUCACUCCUGCGGAAGUUGAGGAUGUCAAAGCCAAGUACGAAAAGAUCUGCGAGGAGGCCUAUAACAAUGCUAGGCAGGAAACACACAUUAAGUACAAAGAUUGGUUGGAUUCACCAUGGUCAGGUUUCUUCGAAGGAAAAGAUCCGUUGAAGGUUUCGCCUACUGGUAUCAAGGAAGACACGCUCAUACAUAUUGGAAAGAAAUUCUCAUCGCCGCCACCGAAUGCUGCUGAAUUUGUCAUCCACAAAGGUAUCGAGCGUAUUUUGAAAUCUCGCAUGGAGAUGAUUGAGGCUAGAACUGUCGACUGGGCUCUUGGCGAAGCUAUGGCUUUCGGAUCUCUCCUUAAGGAAGGUAUUCAUGUUCGUUUGUCAGGUCAGGACGUGGAGAGAGGCACAUUCUCUCACAGGCAUCACGUAUUACAUCACCAGACUGUAGAUAAGGCGACUUAUAGGCCACUCUGCUACUUGUAUCCUGAUCAGGCACCUUACACAGUGUGCAACAGUUCUUUGUCUGAAUUUGGUGUUCUCGGAUUUGAACUGGGUUAUUCUAUGACGAAUCCUAAUGCGUUGGUGUGCUGGGAAGCUCAAUUCGGAGACUUUAACAAUACGGCGCAAUGUAUAAUUGAUCAGUUCAUCAGCAGCGGUCAAGCUAAGUGGGUUAGACAAUCCGGUCUUGUCAUGUUGCAACCGCACGGUCUUGAAGGAAUGGGUCCCGAGCAUUCUAGUGCUCGUUUGGAACGGUUUCUUCAAAUGUCUGCCGACGAUCCGGAUUAUUUCCCACCGGAAAGUGAAGAGUUUGCUGUUCGUCAGUUACAUGAUAGUAAUUGGAUCGUCGCCAACUGCAGCACACCAGCGAAUUAUUUCCACAUUCUGCGACGGCAAAUUGCAUUACCGUUCAGGAAACCAUUGAUCCUGAUGACACCAAAGUCGUUGCUCCGUCAUCCAGAGGCUAAGUCUAACUUUGACCUGAUGCUAGAAGACACGCAGUUCCUCAGAGUGAUACCUGAAGAAGGCACGUCGACUCAGAAUCCCAACGGCGUCAAGAGGCUGCUGUUCUGCUCCGGGAAGGUCUACUAUGACCUGAAGAAAGCGCGCACAGAACGGAAAUUGGAAGACAAAAUCGCAAUUGCGAGAGUGGAACAGAUCUCGCCUUUCCCGUACGACCUCGUCAAGAUAGAGGCUGCUAAGUAUCCGAAUGCGGAGUUGAUCUGGGCUCAGGAAGAGCCUAAGAACCAAGGCGCAUGGACUUACGUGCAACCUAGGUUCCACACGGCGCUCAACGGCAUCCGAAACGUAGUUAGCGCGUCAAACUCAAAUGGUCAAGGGUGGUUCGCCGGUUUGUUCUCGUCGACUAAACCGAUUGAAACCACAACUGUGUCAAAGCCGCAGGCAACAGAAUCAAUGGAACCAACGGAACCAAAGCAAAGAACAGUGAGGUACGCUGGACGUCCCACUGCAUCGUCACCCGCCACUGGAAGCAAAAUGCAACAUCUCAAAGAACUCAAACAGUUGCUCGAUGACUCCCUCAACUUUUAAUGAUCCUUUGUGGCACUACAUGUAGAACCGAAAGUUUAUUUAUUUUUCUCAUAUUUUAAUGUAUACAUUACGACAAUUUUGUCUUGCUCGAUACACCACAGAACAGAGAUUAUAUUACCG